AAGAAUCGAAGGGAUAGGGACGGAUAUUUACGGCUUUAAACCGGAGAAAAUAAAAAGGGAUUGUGUUUAUUAGAGAAGAGAAGAGAGGAGAGGAGAUCGAGAGAAAAUGGGAGAUUAUCAUUUUGUGUACAAGGAUGUAGAAGGAGCUUCUACACAAUGGGAUGAUAUACAGAGAAAGCUUGGAAACUUGCCAGAAAAACCACCUGCUUUUAAGCCACCGCCUUUCACUCCAGCUUCUGAUCAAGAUUCUAUCCCUAAAGACAAAUCCUUUAUUGAUUCCAAAACUGAAGAGGAACUUGAGUUCCUUGAAGAUGAUCUCGAUCUCGAUGACGACCGCUUCCUCCAAGAAUACAGGUCCCUUUUUUAUCAAUUCAUUCAACUAAGUUUUUCUUGCUGUUUCUGUCUAGGGUUUCAAAUAAUUGAAAAAACAAAUUACAUGCAUUGGGAUUUAGGAUUCCUCUAUGCUGAGUGGGUAAUUCGGACUAGAAGAUUUUAUUUAUUUAUGUUUUUUUUUGGGAAAAAAACUUUGAUUUUGACUGAUUGUCUACUGAUUGUAUACUCGAAUUAUCCUGAUCAUAAUCUUCCUACUUUGUUGGUUUAUAAUAAUGGUGCUGUGAAAGCUAACUAUGCCGGAUUAAGGAGUUUUGGACGGAGAUGCACACCUGAAGGUGUUGCCUUAGUUCUCUGCCAAUCAGAUCCUGUACUAAAUGAUGGUCAGGGUGGAACUGAUAGAUCAAGAGAUUCUGUGAUUGAAGGAGUUCGGAGGAAGCUCAUUGAGAAGGUUGUGAAGGAGCAUGAAGAUGAUGAUGGAUCAUCAAGUGAUUAGGACUUUUAGCUUUUCCUCCCCCCUCCUCUUUUGUGUUUCUGCGAGGGAGAGAAAGAAAGCUGUGUUGUAUGCAAGCAGUGGAACUUCUUUACUUUUUGGAUAUUUGUUGUUUCACAAUCAAGUUUGUUGGUUUGUCCGUCUUCUGAAACCAAGAUGUGUUGAUAUUGAAAAUUUUAGUUUGAAGAUAUUUAUUACUCUGUAAGAAUUUUGUUUGAAAGUAUUUAUUUAAUUGUCUGCAA